AAAACAAAACAUUAGAAGUAAAUAAACGGGCCACCGCGAAACGUCUCAUAAAAUGGCUUAUAAUAUCAUGUCCUACAAGCUGGAAUCCCGUUGGAGCAAGCGGGGCAUUAAAAAAUGCCCAAAGUGUGGUGUUUUCAACGGUCACCGGGCUUCACAGUGCAAAAAUAAACAGUGUCGUCACAUUCUGAACGGGAAAGCUAAAGGUACCUCGAACACCAGUGGGAAAUUGGUGCAAUUGUGUGACCAACUUGUGGCGGUUCAGUUGCAAGCCGAACUCGAGGACCAAUCUGCAAAACUAUACAGCAUCCGGAGAUUGAACGGAAGCAAGGAAGACCGAGGAUUUGUGGAAAUACGCGAUUGCCUUGAUGGCACGGAUGAGCAACUUGAACUGAAAACAGGAAUUUGUUAUGUGGACUGUGAACCCCAUACUGACAGGGACGGAACUUGUCAACAUGUGCGGGUUGCAGCAGCCACCGAAGACAUGGCCGAAGGCUUGGUCAUCAUUAAGGAUAUCAUGGAAAAGAUAGACGCCAGUGAAAUCGAAAGGCAGGAAAUAUGGAAGCAACAGAUGGGUUCUGGUGCACAUGACCCCCUAGUUCAAAGAGUUUCGGAUCGUAUGUUUGUGGUCAAAUGCUACGAUGAUCUGCAUCAACUAGUCCCGUACUGUCAUGUGAAGCUGGAGCUGCCAUCGAGUAUAACUUGCGACUGCCAAUGUCGCAACCAAAUGCACCAGAAAAUAGUUGCGGCUGCCGUACUCAGCAGUCCAAAGUAUCAGUUCGAAUAUGAGACUAUUGUAAAGCACUUAUUGAUUCCAUCGAAACAACUUCCAGACAUUUCGAGUCAAACCAAUUUAGUUCUAUUGCAAAAUGAUUUAUCAUCAGAUGAAUGUCAAUCCUCUCAAGCAACGGAACAAUUUCUGGUUACAACUAUCGAUGAUCCAUCAGCUUUGACAAAUGCAGACAUGCAGCUGAUUAGUUGCCAGCUUGAAUUUGAAACAGAUAUAGCUCAGUCUAGUUUUACCGAUUCUUGUAAAGAAGAAAACGUUUCUAGUUCUCCUGUUAUAGAGCUAAUUAACAGUUCAAAGCGUUGCAUCUCACCAACGGCUACAUUUACUCCCAGCUAUGACGAAAACCUUCAACUUAUGGAUUGUCAAAUAGAACUAAUGGAUCAAUUCAACCUUACGGAUCAAAUCGAUUUUUGUCCAUCGGAUAUCGAACUUAGCGACGAUAAUGUUGUUUUUCCCGCCGAUGAGGAGCUUGGCUUGGUGGUUGAGCAUUCAUCAACUACCAGCCCUUCGGAAACAAAUGUCGAAAUGAAGCAAACUACAAAGAAGAAAAAUGAAAAAUUGCUGGAAGUUACAACCAAAAAGACCGCUUUGAAACAUGCGAGUAAGAUUGAUAAGGAAAAGAUGAAAAAGGGUAGUUACAAUGUGCGCAGAUUGAUGCGAGUCCUGGAGUCAAACGGAGUUGUGUUCAAUAGAUUAACGAAGGCAGAAGCGAGCUCCAUGGUGGCGACUAAUUCCUGCGCCAAUGAUAAGGUAGGCUCUAAUGGCACCGCUUCCCUACCUUCGUUCGAAGCAACGUUAUGCAGUUUAUCCUUUACCGGUUGGCUGGAAUCUGUGAUAGAACAAUUAAAUUCUGCGAUGCGAUAUGAAGGCGAUGGGAAGCCUGAAAUGCAGAUUUUUUCCAUUCAUGAGAACUUUUUCCAGUGUCUUCGAUCUCGUUUUUCAGUCGGACAUAGACUAAGAACACCGGACCAUAAUGUUGUUCUCAAAGACGGCAAACACAAAGGUUUGACCUGCCAGAUCUACAAUUUCACAUGUUACAAAAGUCUGCGUAAUGUGUUUAAGACUGCUAAGACUGCUUUACAAUUUGAAAAAUCUUUUUGUCGAUCUGCUGACGGUAGCUUCGAAGAAAUGGAUCUGAGUGAGCUCUUAAGUGAACAACAAACUACCACGAAAGGAGUUGCAAUAAAGCCAUUUGAGUAUAAGACUUACAUAAAGAUGGGAACUUAUCGUGACGAUCCUAGCGAGAAAGUUCACUACUUCACCUUAGAAUGGAUCGGCGGAGUGCUACCAAAGUGCAAGUUUGGAGAACUGCGAAUUGCAUUCGAGUACGGACAUAAGGAGAAUCAUCUGCACGUAGGACCACCCGGACCGAAACCUGGGAAUUCGACAUGGGACAUUUCGGCAUCGAAUAAACUACUCGCAGUGAACGAUAAUUCACAUAAAAGGUUAUAAUGAGGUGGAAUGUGUAUAAUAUACAGCUAGUAAAGAAUUAACUAUGUCUAUCGCGCACAAUUUUAAUAAA